AUGAUUGUGAAUUUGGGUGAGGAAUAUCUCCCAAAAAGAUUGAAAGAGGAUUGGAACUCCAUUUCUGCCUGGAUAGAAGGCUCUGAUCCGGGCUGGACUGGAUAUGCCUGGGCAGGACUGGGCUGUCAACAACUUCAACUGCUAAACUUCAACUGUAAAUCGAUACCAAAGUUCAAUUCUGGCAAAGUUUUAAUCUACUUCAAGCUUUGUGAGGCUUUUGAGUGGGCAGAACUGCGGCUUCUUCAGUCUGAAACGGCAGAAGUGGCUAUUCUUGAGGACUCAGUGUGUUAA